AUCCACCCAAUUAGGUCUCCUUCUAUAAACCCGCUCUCACUGCCUCUGUCUACUUCUCUCCCCAGAAACGAUCGCGUUAGCCGUCGUUUCCUCUGCGAAUUUAAUUUAUUCUAUUUUAAUUUAAUUUCAACAAUCAUCUCUGGCUCUACUCUAUUUCCGUUGCUUCGACCUCUCUUAAUAUUCCCGACGAUAUGCAUUUCUGAUCAUCCGAUCUCCCUCGUGAUUCGCGUCGACUUUUAUCUUACCCGCCAGGGUGCAUUGUUGUUGUUGAGGCGCAAUUGAGUGUUUGUUCGAGUGGAAUUGAACGGAUAGACAGAGAGAAGUAGUUUGGUGCCUCCAAUUGCGUGCUGAAGCCGGGGAGAUGUCGGGCCCACUGGAUCGCUUCGCGAGACCUUGCUUUGAGGGAUUCUCAGGAAGUGAUGAAAGAAGAGAGAGAAAAUCUGAUUUUGAAAACUCUGAGGAUGAGAGGCGAACUAGAAUUGGAUCAUUGAAAAAGAAAGCAAUUAAUGCAUCCACUAAAUUCAGGCAUUCUCUGAAGAAAAAGAGCAGUAGAAGAAAGAGUGAUGGUAGAGUCAGCUCUGUUUCAAUUGAGGAUGUUCGGGAUGUUGAGGAACUGCGGGCUGUUGAUGAAUUCCGUCAGACAUUGAUCAUGGAAGAAUUACUACCAGAAAGACAUGACAAUUAUCAUAUGUUGUUGAGGUUCUUGAAAGCAAGGAAGUUUGACAUUGAAAAAGCAAAACACAUGUGGGCCGACAUGCUUCAAUGGAGGAAGGAAUUUGGUGCUGAUACUAUUAUGGAGGAUUUUGAAUUUAAAGAGUUAAAUGAAGUUUUGAUGUAUUACCCCCAUGGUAAUCAUGGUGUGGAUAAAGAAGGGAGACCUGUUUACAUUGAAAGAUUGGGAAAAGUUGAUCCGCAUAAACUUAUGCAUGCUACAACUAUGGAUCGGUAUAUAAAAUACCAUGUGCGGGAGUUUGAGAAAAGCUUUGCAAUAAAGUUUCCUGCUUGUACCAUUGCUGCAAAGAGGCAUAUAGAUUCAAGCACAACAAUUUUAGACGUUCAAGGAGUGGGUCUUAAGAACUUCACCAAGAACGCACGGGACCUCAUUAUGCGACUGCAGAAAAUUGAUGGUGACAAUUACCCUGAGACACUCCACCAAAUGUUCAUUAUCAAUGCUGGUCCUGGAUUUAGACUGCUAUGGAACACUGUAAAGACUUUUCUAGAUCCCAAAACCACCUCCAAGAUUCAUGUUCUUGGGAACAAGUAUCAGAGUAAAUUGCUUGAGAUAAUUGAUGCCAGUGAGUUGCCAGAAUUUCUUGGUGGUACCUGUGCGUGUGCAGAUCAGGGAGGUUGCCUUCGGUCAGAUAAGGGACCAUGGAAAAACCCAGAAGUAUUGAAGAUGGUUCUUAAUGGUGAAGCACGUCGUGCUCAUCAGGUUGUAAAAGUUCUAAACAGUGAGGGGAAGGUCAUUGCUUAUGCUAAGCCACGUUAUCCUGUGCAUGUCAGAGGUAGUGAUACAUCCACUGCUGAGUCAGGAUCUGAAGCCGAAGAUAUUGCCUCCCCAAAAGCACUGAAGAGUUUUUCUCAUCUUCGACUGACUCCUGUUCGUGAAGAAGGUAAGGUGGUUGGAAAGGCAAGCUAUGUUGGUAAAUUCUCAGGGUAUGAUGAAUAUGUUCCUAUGGUUGACAAAGCUGUUGAUGGUGGUUGGAAAAAGCAAUCAUCCGUCCAGAGGCCUUCUGUUUCCAAAGCUACACUUGCUCUGCCUGACACUCCAAAGACUCCAGAAGGAAUUCGAGUUAGAAUUUUGGUAGCAGUUAUGGCUUUCUUCAUGACACUUUUCACUCUUUUCCGAACAUUGGUGUUUCGUGUAACUAAGAGGCUUCCUCAUGCUUCAUCUGAUGAUCAAAGUUCUCCUGAACUUUCUCUGGAGGCAACUCAGGAAGAAUUUCAUCCCCCUUCAACUCCAGCUUUUACUGAUGCAGAUCUCCUCACCUCUGUACUGAAAAGGCUAGGUGAGCUGGAAGAGAAAGUGGAUACGCUUAAAGCAAAGCCGUCAGAAAUGCCUUAUGAGAAAGAGGAAUUGCUAAAUGCUGCCGUUUGUCGUGUGGAUGCCCUAGAAGCAGAGCUAAUUGCUACCAAAAAGGCUUUACAUGAAGCUUUAAUGAAGCAAGAAGAAUUGCUUGCUUACAUAGACAGUCAAGAAGAAGCCAAGUACCAGAAAAAGAAGUUUUGCUGGUAAGAUGAUUUGCCAAUGGAGGGAGAAUCUGGUGACUUCUCAGCCGGCACUAAAAUUUGCUGUUUCUAUACAAGUGUUUUAACAUACAACCACAGAUGUUGGUCAUGCUACACUUUCUAAUUGAUGCAAGUUUAUGUUGAUUGCAAAGGAACACAGACCUUAUUGUAAGGAAAUUAUUGUGUGACUACUAUUGCUCUUAAAUCAUGUGGUUUCAGGUUUGGCUUUUCCAAUUUUACACUUUUUCCUUGUGUAUGUAUUUGUCUAAUAUGAAUGGACGUGAGAAUUGUUAA